AUGUCGACCGCCCAGCAGCAGAACGACUUCAAGGCCGAGGCCGACCACAUCAAUGGCGGCACCGCGUCCCAUGACCACGCUCACAAGCAGCGCAAGCCGUACGUCGCCCCAUUGGCGAUUGUUUAUUACUUUUGAGAAAUAUGCUCAUCGUUGUCUCCCGCAUCUAGCUAUGACUACGGUGGCAACCCGCUCGCCCAUACCAACACCGGCGAUUCCGCGCGAUUGGCUGCCUUUGGUGGUGAACUCCAGCCGGGUCUCUACAAAGUCGACAAGCAGCGCAAGUUCGCCAACCCAGCUCCGCUCGGACUGUCCGCUUUCGCCUUGACGACCUUCCUCCUAUCCCUCGUCAACUUGGGCACGCGCGAUCUCGCCGUCCCAAGCUUGGUCAUCGGUCCCGCUUUUGCAUAUGGUGGUCUCUGCCAGCUGCUUGCCGGCAUGUGGUAUGUCGUAAACAACUCGUAGAAACUGAUAGCUCAUGUCGUCUGACGGAUCUGGUAGGGAAAUGGCCAUUGGCAACACUUUCGGUGCCACUGCUCUGUCCUCGUACGGUGGUUUCUGGAUCGGUACCGCCAUCAUCUUGACCCCCGGUGGCUUCAUGAUUGAAAGCACCUACACCGCUGCUGGCGUCGGCACCUUCGACAACGCGUUCGGCUUAUAUUUGAUGGUGAGUGGAUUUGAGCCGCGAGAUCGCAACAUCAAGCGCGGCCGUGCUAACAUCUUUCAUCUCAGGGUUGGUUCAUCUUCACGUUCCUCCUCCUGCUCUUGACCCUCCGAUCCACCGUCGCCUUCUUCUUCCUCUUCUUCACCCUGGAUCUCGCAUUCCUAAUGCUGGGUAUCGCAUACCUCGACUACGGCGUGACGGCCGGCACCGCUGCACCAAACGCCACCCUGCUCAAGGCUGGCGGUGGUUUCGGUAUCCUGGCCGCGUUCGCAGCCUGGUACGUGUUUCCAACAUUGCCCGAUCCUGUUUCGAGAAACUAACGAUGAAUCUCUUCUUCUUCACAGGUACAACGCGCUCGCCGGUAUGGCCGACUCGAGCAACUCCUUCUUCAUCAUCCCCGUCGCCCACUUCCCCUGGUCCGAGAAGGGGCGUGAGAUGCGCGGCAAGGUCGACAACAGCGAGGCUCGCGCCGCGCAGUCCGUCUGA